AUGGACAUCCUAAAAACUCUGAUUCUUCUUGUCCUGGUAUCUGGUACCAUUCAAACAACAGUUUUUGGUAAAUGAUAGAAAUUGAAACUUGAAUUGAUUAUAAUUAUUGAGUAAUGAAUAACAAGGAUUCUGAAAGUAGGAUCCGUGGCUCUGAUUAUCAAAGUGAGGCCGAACAUAACGGGAAAAGUACGAUUUACAGAUACUUUUACGUGAUAUAAGACCUAGCUUUCUAUAUGCUUCCCCCUCCUGAUAAUCUUGUUAGAAUCAAUGGACUUUUGCAGCUAAGAAAUGGCAUAAACGCUCCAAUUACCAAAUAAUUAUUUUUUGCUUCCCGUUUUCUAUUGAAUAGGGAGAAAGAAAGGUUGCAGCUGCUACCGCUUACCCAACACAACUACGAUCGGGAUUGGUAAAUGUUCUUUAUUAUUACUAUCAUACAGAAUUCAUGCAAAUGCGUUUUAGCUAUAUGAAAAGUUUGUUUGAUUUAUUUAAAGAAGAAAAGUAAUUUUAGCGAGCUCGAUACCCCGCCAUGACGCACAUGCUAAUACUUGUUUAAAACAAGAUGUCCUGACUUCAACAUGGAUGAACUUAUUUAAUCAAAUAAGAGGGCAGCUAACUUAAGAUUCUUUUACAUUUAUUACGGCGAAUCAUGAAUGCUGGUACAUAUUCCUUAAUUUCCAUCGAAUUUAAGUCAAGAGCAGUUACAAAUUGAUUACGUAGGUUUGCUCGAUGUAUUCACUUGCGCAGUAUCUCAAACAUAACUAACCCUUACUGAACGCAAGCUCAUGGAAGAUGCUCAGGAGUCAACGACCUACAGCGCCCCUAAUCUUUCAAAGCCCAAGAAACAAACAUCAAUGUUAAACAGUUUGAGUAAUUUAUUACCCUGGUGAACGCGAUGUUUCAUGAUGUACGGUGCACAUUUCAUUUUGUUUUUGAGAUUUUUCAGCUCGCCGAUCACUUUAGGGGCAUCGGUUAUUUCCGCCAUGAAGUUCACCAUAUCCUGACUAUUAAGACAUGAAAUACGUCUGUGCGCUAGUCUCUGCCUAAAGAUUUUCUCUUCGCAACUGUCCCGAUUUCCGCACCCAGAUUGAACCUAAUUAUACUGACAAAAAGCAAUUUGCGAGCUAGUUGCAGGCUCUUCACUUCUGUCUUUCACUCAAACGACCGAUCAACGAAGUUGACACGUAUAAUUUAAAAGAAUUUAAGCGUGCAUCAGGAACUUUUAAAAAGAAUUAGGAGUUAGCCGUCAACUUAGCGAAACAAUCGAUUUAAUGAGGGUUCUAUAACAACAGAUGAUGCGAUUUGUCUUCAAGGAUCUUACUUUUACAAAAGUUUAAUUACAUCCAAAAGGCGAAGGAACUUAAAAAUCGACUAAAUUGCUGUGAAUCGACUUAAAAAUCACGCGAGAAACAAAGAAAACUCAUAAAUGAAGCGAGGACAGAUAAGACAAAAAGGUUAUGCGAACGCGGUGAAGGCGAAGCCUGUAGAAGAUCGAAACAUGAUAUUUAUUUCUCUACCCAUGCACGAGGUUGACAUCUUAAUUAUCUACUAGUACAGAUUUUCUCAUCAUCGGACGGCAUCUGUCAGAACUCAUUUCUACGGAUCGAGGAAUAUCCGUAAAAAGUUGAGAGCCGCAAAGUUUUCAUGCUUCAUGGUAAAAGAACCUUAGAAACUAACGGAAGGUCGUUGAGCAGAAAUCCGAGCUUUAAACAUUACCAAUUUCCACGACGUUUUCUAAACUGACUCAUAACAUUCUGGUCGUGAUUUUUCUGUCAUUUAUGGAAAAGAUAAAAAGAUCACCGGUGCAAAAAAUAUGGACUGGGCAGUACAUAUGAAAUCUCUUUAUCAGCAAUACUUAGUUCUUGUAAAUGGAUCGUCAGCCUUGCCGGUGAUUUGAUGACUCUCAAAUACAAAAUAAAUCUCAAAAUUACUGAAUAAGUGACAUGUCUAGUAAGUUGACUACUGGAUUAUCAAAUACACUCUGCCAAAAUUGGCCUCAAAAGCAAAACACGAAAAAAGACAAUCACAUACAUCAUAGAUAACAAAAGUACUCUAAACAGAGAACAGAGUGUUGAUUUGAAAGCGUGACCCACACCAGACGAGGUCAAUUCGGUCCCGGAAACGUCGAACUACAAAAACUAAAAAUGCUUUUUUGAGAUUGCAUUCUCAUACACUCUGGAUAGGAUUUGUGCCAAGAAACAUUUUUACUCCUUAGAGAAUCAGCAUACGAAAGACCUUAGUAACUGCUAUGAUUCAGAAAUUUUUUAAAAUACAAUAGUGCGUUAGUGCUUGUUAAGACUGAGGAAAAAAGUAGCAAUAAAAUAAAAGACAUACCCAAAGAUUCAAGACAUCAUUGAUACCUGAAGGAAUAUUUCAAAAAAAAUAAACAGCAGGGACAACUUCUUUCUGCCUUGUUUCUCUGCACUGAAAAUUCGUUGGUCUACUUUGCACAGACUGAGAAGCGGUCUCGACGAGUUUUAAUUAUAUGUGUAUUUUAUAUUAGCAUGGGAACUCUCAAAGUCACAUUUUUUAUUCACGUGGUUUUUUAAGCAUGUGCCCAAGAACGUGCGUCGAUCUUCUUCGGAUGAGGUGAUCGAAAAGUAACCAUUUAACCAACCGAUAUUCAUGUUCUCAGAUAAAAUCGUAUCUAGGAGCUGUGCAGAUAAAGAGCCCAGCGAUGUGUGAUGCAAACUGGAAGUAAACCUUACACGGGAGUUCUAAGAGAGCUCCAAACUAGAUGUAAACAUUCAACGUGACUUAAACUGCGCGAUUCAACGUAAAGGACUUCUACAAACAUAAGCGUGACAUGCCACGUAAAUUUCACAGAAAACGUGUUUACGUUUAUUCCUCGUGAGGAAUCGGGUUCCAAGCUUGUGACUGGACCAAAUUUGGGGGCUGUCCUGGUGUACCGGUACACGGGGGAAUUCCUAUUGUUUUCAUAUCCAUACAUGGAGUUGUGACACAGUUCGUUAAUGUUUCGUUCCUUUGUGUACCGGUACACGAGGACACAACCCAAAUUUGCGAAUCUUAAUUGGGAUCAUUAUGUUAUUUCGAUCCAAUAGUACCUGUACAAUCUCGGGAUAUACAAAAUGCGACUGAUCCAAUAGCAACAGUACAAUCUCGGGCUAUACAAAAUGCGACUGAUAAAAAAAUAAUGACUUGAAAGACAGCAAUGUCUACGCUCACCACCGGCCACGUGAAUUCGCAAAACGUGUCAAUGAACUACACGUGUAUCGUUUUCGAAAACGUGAGUAAUUGCGUAAAUAUUUUUCAUAUUGAACUGUAUUUCUUCUCAGGUAAUUUAUUGUUAACAACUGAGUUGAAAACGUAAAUUAGCCACCGUGAAGAGUUUUUAAAGAGUCUGUCCACGAGAGGACCAGGUGUCCUAGUGGAUUUGGACCGGACCCGGUGUCCUAACAGAUUUGGACCGGACCCGGUGUUCUAACGGAUUUGGACCGGACCCUGUGUCCUAGCGAAUUUGGACCCUCCUAGAUUUGGACCCCCCAGUCCAAAUCCGCUAGCGGAUAUGGACCCCCCGGUCCAAAUCCGGUAGCGGAUAUGGACCGGGGGGUCCAAUAUGGAUAUGGAUAUGGAUAUUGGAUAUUGGACCCCCAACAAAACUGAGUGAAAACAUCAUCCUUAAAGGGUAACUGACGGCUAGAAGGUCACUUUUUCGGAAUACCGUCUAAAUGCCUCAGGUAACACAUUGAAACAGAAAUAAGGUGCUUCGAAUGCCUCUUUGUGCCUUUUUUCGCCGGGAAAACUGUCCUAAAUGCAGCUUCGUGAGUCAUCUGCCAUAAACGCUUCGAUUUUGAUCAUGUGACCUGAUACGUCGCGCGUGUGUACACUAAGCAAAGUAAAUAUGGCGGACAGUAGCUCAACUGAAAGCAGUUCUACUUCUGGGUCCGAUUAUUCCGAUUUUGAGGCCUUUAUAGAGGUUGAAGAUAAUGAGAGAAUUUAUUAACCUAUUGGUGAAAUUAGGCCCUGGCGAUUUGAACCGCCAGGACGAACCGAGAAUACAGGGCGAAAGUUGGAAGAGAAUCAAAAGCCUGUGCGCCGCGGCCGCCUCAAUCAGGAAAGCGACGAAUGGUGAGUACAAUACGUUUUUAAAUCUAGUGUCUGAAAAUCAGUCGCUUAUUAAAUAUUGAAGCGAUUAGGUAAAUAAAAACCAAAUGUGCAGACUCUUGAGUAGCUUGGAAGCGAAGUGAUUUAUGCUACACGCCGGCACCUUCCGAAGCUUAGGUUUCACAGACUGAAAGUAACACGCUUGUGGAGGUGAAUUGGAUGGAUUAUACACGUUUCCACGCGAUUGAAUCGGUUUUAAGUUUUCCUGUGUUGAAUUUGGCGAACGAUUAUAGAUUUCUAGGCUUUUACUUUAAAACACGAAGCAGCGAAAAAUAGCAUUGGACAUGUAGAAUUGAACAAAGUCUUCAUAAUAACUUAUUGUUGACUUGUGGUCUUUGCACCUUGUUUAUAGCCUAAAGUUUGAGUUGUCUUUCACGUUUGUGAUAGUAACAGUGCUUACAACUGUCCCCUUUGGUGAAAACAAUCAAACAAGUUGUGCUCUCUAUUUCUCCAAUUCAACAUUGUGAAAAAAUUCGUUACUUUACUGAUUAUUUAUUACAAGGUGUCAGUGUGGAAACUGCCGAGCGAUGGAAAGGGAGGAAGAGACCAUCUGUUGCCAAGAAGUAGAUGCAGUUAGGAAUAAAAUUUUGGCGGAUGUCAUGGAGGAACGGUUGCAGGCAGAACCCAGAUGUAUUGUGCAGCAUCCAGGGCUUAUGGCAGUGUGCCUCAAUAUCUGAGUUCUGCAGACAGCUUGGCUACAAUACAAGCAGCAGUAUGGCUCUUCUGCUUAUGAGGGGCCUGAACAUAAGAAAAACUGCCACAUUGCUUACAGGCAACUGGUCAGUUGGUGUUGGGGUACUCUGGGCAAAAAUAUCCGCAUCCCUUUGCCUUCUUGUGCUGUGAACUGCAUAUGUGCCUACUUCCCAGAGCCCAACCAGCUGGAGGAGGACAUGGUUUUUACUGGUUUUACUUAUGCAGAUGAGUAAACUUUAGUGCAAGGGUUAAAUUUACAGGGAUUAGGAAGGCCGUGCGCCAUGCGCGUAUGGCGCAUAAAGCUACGAAAUGGCCCAUUAUAAAAAUACUUACCGGGCCUGUGAUGCGCCCUGACCGCACAAAGCUAGUGAAAUAUAAACUAUUUUGUGAAAAGGAUUUUAAUUUGUAAAAGUUUCACUUUGGUGAGACAUAAACAAGCGAAAAACUACGGUGCCUUCGCUCGUUUGAUCACGCUCGCUUCAUUCUUGUUCCCAGAUCCUGAAGUCGGACUUUGCAUGCAAACGAGGCUAUUGCUCGGAGUUCCAUGUGCUUUCGUUUUCGAGCAGAGUUCGAUCGUUUUCGUCGCUUUGAAUGUAUUUGCAUCGAUUAGCCUCAUGCCUCCGAAAAAAAUCUUGAGAUUGGACAGCUCGCAGAGAACGUUGUCUACAUUUUUCAACACAACAGCGGAGCAGAAUCGUGAUACUGUGAGCGAAAACGACCGUGAAACGGACGAAACAGAUAUAGGUAUAGACUGUAAUACACAAGCAAUAAACCUUUGUUAAAAUUUUUACUGGCCCAUUUAUUUACCCUAAUGGCCCAAACGUUGUAUAAAUGGCCCAUAACUUUCCAAUGAUAGGGGCCAUAGGCUCAUUUGCCUGUUAAACCUUCCUAAUCCCUGAAUUUAUCUUUUCUUUCCUUUUGUUAUUCCAUUAACAUUUUUCUCCAAAAAAUAAGUUUUUAUCAUACAUCUACUUGUAUUCUUGUGGUUGAAUCCUCUUCUUGAAGAAACCUUUACUUAUGUCACUAGGAGAUAACUUUUGUUUUCAAAGUCUCCCUUAGGAGCUCAAAUUAGCUGAAAUUGGCACAUGCAAGUUACAAUUUUUUUCUGAUACAUGCUUUUAUUUCACACAAAAUAACCCUUAUCCAAUUUACAAUAAUAUUUUAGGUUUUAAAAUCACAAAAAUUUAAGUAUUGGUUUUUAUAUACUUAGGUCAACUAGUUCACCAGAAUAGUGCGGUUGUAUCAGCUGACAUAAUUCUGAACAGCCUCUCCUUUUCAGGUCUCUGUGCAUUUGCAGUAAGGGGUGGUGGGGUGUUGAUGGCCAAGUUUGUCACAUACUCCUUGAGAUUCAUUGGAUUUGCCUCAUAUUUUGCAAAUAAGUCCUUUAUAAUGCUGUAGCAGUAAUCUGUAAAUUGAAAUGCAUUAUUAAUUUCCUUCUUUGUUCUUUAUGAGGUGGAGCUUGGAUUUGUUAUUUUUCAUGGCUCCCAGGCUAAUUCUUUGCUUGUGUUAAUCCAUAAGCUAAAAAGUGCAAUAUCUAACUUCCUGUGCCCCAUCUACAUCAUACCCACCAUGAAAAGCUUGUAUUUUGAUUUUUUUGAUAGCAUGAUCUCCUUUUUUAGCUUUUGGAAAUACAACUGAGUAGCGUAGCCUGCCUUCAUCUGUCACUGCCUGCAUCCUGUUUGCAUUGGUGUUGUAAUGCAGGGAAGAAAGGCACAAUCUGUUAAAUGAUAUAAAUAUAAGUGAAGAUCUCAGGGCAAUGUUUGCAACUUUGUGAUCUGCAAAACUUGUAAAGAACCAAACAGAGUAAGAAUAGCAAAGGGAAAUAGUCAAACCUAGUAUAAAUCCCCCAGUAAGAGAAGGCAGUAUGCUUUGGCACAAACUGGAUGUCCAGGCUGUGCUUGGCUUCCAGAGUAGAUGUCUGGUAUUUUGGGGAUAGUUGUGCUACAUCCUCCAGCAGUUGAGGCUUCAGUAACAACUCCUCCAGUUUAACAGCUGGGCAUGAGCCUAUGAGUUAUGAAAUCAUAUUAUUGCAAACCUAGUGCUUCAAAUUACAAUGUAUUACAUAGACUUAUGAACAGCAUAUAAGUACCCUCAGGCCUUCGAAAAAUCUUUACAUUGUUGAAAGUUUCUGUUGUACGCAACUUUAAUUUCUGUCCUUACACAAGAAAUUAUGAAAAUAAAAAUUGUUUUAUUUUUCUGUCAGGUGUAAUAUAUAGCCAUUACUAUACCUGGUUGCAGCCAAAGCCGAUCAGCUGCGUCUCCUUGCAGGUUGCCAUGCCCACAUUCAGGAUAUAGGUCACUCUCCGCAUUGACAUGAAUGUUUUGAAUGUGUAAUGGUAGUAUUUUCCAUUUUUCUUGUAAAAACUGUUUUUUUUUAAAAUACAUUACUAUUUUAGUGACCAAAGCAACUAAUUUACAUACAUAAACUGACACCAGGUCUACAAAAGCUAAGAGAAGCAAAAGCGAGAAAUAUCUUUCUCAUACCCUGUUUGCCGUUAGUUUUGAUAAGGCCCGGCUUUGUCGUUUUGGUGUAGUGUAAGUCUCCUGUGUGACCACGGAGCUCGAGUCUUCUACCCUUAGUUUUUCGUUAGACAGUGAGAGUUUUCUUUUUAUUCUUCGAGCUUCGUUUAUUUGCUCAGGAAUAGGAGACGCUUGAAUAGAAGGAACUGCGGACUUCUCUAAUACUAGCUUAGAGCUAAAUCCAGCUACUUUUGCACCGAAUCCUUCGUAGUCAUCAACUGAGAAAUGGUCGCUACAAAUGUGACCCGAACCUGGUGUCCAACUAUUAGGUUCUCUUUUUGUUUGCACAAAUGCAAUCCAUUGUCGCCGCAUACUUUCAUCAGCUGGAAACUGGUGAAGGCUGACUCCGUCUGCAUUUGUUUUGUUACAAAACAUCACGACACAGCGCUUCCCUGGUUUCCGUUUUUUUCGUUUUACAUCCGGUUGGUUUCCGUCCAUAUUUUAAAAGUCAACGCGGCUUGUUUUAUUUACGAUAAACGAGCGAAAGUAAUUUACUGUUCACACAGCUGACAGUAACACACUUUUGAAACGAGCAUCCUUUCGGUCGCAAAUAAGAAAAAACACUUGAGUGUGUCGCUCAUAACAAGGCGUUUCUUGCAGCACGUUUCUGUUAUUAUUCACUUCCACUGGAAGUUAAUUUAACUUAGGCACACAAAUGUGCUAUAUAUGCGCUCAACUUAGCUUAGGCACAUAAAUGUGCUAUAUAUGCCGCCCAACUUAACUUAAGCACACAAAUGUGCUAUAUAUGCUGCUGAAUGUUAGUUGUCAUCAUCCCUGGAGAGCUCUCAGCUAGCGUCGAAAGAAAUAAACGAAAAGUUACAACAGCAAGGAGUCUUCCUUUGUGCUGCUCACUAGUCUCCGUUAAAAAAAAAUUAAAAAAGGAUAAAUUUGUAUAUUUACGGAGCGUGGAAGAAGAGUUUCGUUCACGAGACCAGAUGACGACCUCCCAUAAUACGCGACAACGCUUUGCGCCUAGUCGCGCUCACUCCAGAACCGAUGGGCCUGAGGUCACAGUGAUAUACACUGGACGAAAUCUAAAGCCAAAUACUUUUCGGCUUGUACUAAAAGAUAAUUCUGAGUAUAGGACUCGAUAAUGGUUCAGAGGAAAAAAUUAUAGGAUUUUUUUUUUUUUUUUUUUUUACAGCUAUUUGGAAAGGCGUGCAAUUUAUCUGUGGCUCUGACUACAGACAUGCCAUCCCUCGCGUUUCGAUUAUUCAGCCUUCAUUAUUUUAUUUCUCACUUCGUAUUUCAUAGUCUCUAAAUGGUGACCUAUAACAGAAUGGCACAAAUCUCUUUAUUUUUUCCAAUCGUAAAUUUCGGCAGCAGCCGAACAGCGAGGGCGAAGUUGUUACUUUCAGGUCUUACAUGACUCUUUUCACUGCCUUACACACGUGUGACGUAUCACAUCAUGUGACCUAAAAUCGGAACGUUUUCAAAAUUGCCGUCGAUUGAGCGUCCAAAAAAAAUUGUAGAAAAUUUGGUUUUGCGCAAUAUUUCGUUAAAUUGCUCAUUUAGGAUUCUUUAACAUAAGAGGAAUGUAUUGGGACAAAAAAAAAGAAAAAAUUUGGCGUCAGUUACCCUUUAACGUUCUAGUAAAAAUGGCUGAUACUUUACGUUCCAGUGCGUACUAAAGUAUGUUUUAAAUUCAAAACAUGCGUAUCCAUGUAAACAGGCCCUAAGAUUGAGGAAAUUUUGUGUUGUGAUUGAAAAGAACAUCGACAAAAAGCUUACGAAUAGAAUUAGUUACCAAAUGUGAUACAAACGAUGCUUAAAAGAAAAGUUUGGUUGGGGGGGUCCAAAUCUGAAAAGGGUCCAUAUCCGCUAGCGGAUUUUGACCGGGGGUCCAAAUCCGCUGUGACACUGGGCAGGCGUGACACAUGCCAUCUCACCGAUUUCUUUCAAACUUUCACAGUUUAUGAAGGUCACUAAGUUAUUCGAGAAUCCAAAGUAGUUCGGGUUCCCGGCUAAUCCCUGGGGUAUCAGAGCCCCCUCAUCAAAUCCCUGGGGUAAAAGGCUAAAAUUAGCUCGAAAAAUGCACUUUAACGAAUCUCUCUCACACUAACAGAAUGCGAUGUAUGUUAAUCUUAUUAUGUCCAAUGGUUGUUUGAACCUUCAGGAAAACAUUCCGUAAAGUUGGGGUAACUUGAUAUAACUUCUGCCAAUUUAAAGCAGUUAAUCAUUAACUGUGUCACGCAACUAUUCAAAAAACGAAAAAAAUUAGGGUUUUUUAAUUGCAACUAUCUCCAAUGGGCAAAACUGUAUGCCGACAAACAUACCAUCACAGGAAAGACCUAUCUUUAUACUACGUUUGUGAUAAAAUAAUUUUUGGGCCCUGCAUAAGAUUCGUGAUCACGUCACUCUGAAAUACGUGACCUCUGACAUUAAUUUAUGCAAUUUUGGUCACAACCUCGUGUUUAUUCACUCAAUUUCAACUUGAGAAUGGGAUCGCCGACGCGUAUGUAUAGCUGCCGAGUUUAGGAGUCACUUAUCAUAGAAAUUCGGUGACUCUGACACAAUCUAUUGGAAAAAAUUAUUCAUAAAUGUAUGUGUAUAUCAUACAUUAAACAUUGCCAAAUUGAGUAAUGGCAGUCGGCAGUUAACAGCAACGUUUGCCAAAUGUAAUUUACAUAAAUGUAACACUUCAUAUACCUAUUAUAUAUCAUUUUACUUAAUGCGCCAUAAUUUUUUUCUGUGGAAAACUCUGGAGAAGACUCCAUCCAAUUUUAAGUACACAUUACAGGACAGUUGUUCCUGUUACACUUAAUCAUUACAGAAUGUGGAAGUGAAAUGUUCAGUGCAAUCCGGCCGAAUUGUGGCUCACAAAAACACGCAAGUUUUUUCACAUAACAAAUAAUAAACAAAUUGCUCAAGGCGAGUUUUACGAAAGAACGACAGCCAUAGAGCAUGCUCACCGGAACAUGAAGAUUGUUCGGGGUGACAGAGCCGUAAAACUCGGUUGCACUGACUGGUGUGGCCUUCACCACUCAACGCAUCGGAAAGGACAUCAGAGCAAGCUCUUAGUUGUUCACUCGAAGGGUGGUCGAUCUAAUUUCUGAGGCUUGCUUCACUGGCGAUCUCCGAGCUUGCCACGUUGGACCUCAGCAUGAUCGCAGUCGCUCUGACACCGUCAUGAUUAGUAUGAAUUAUAGCAGUUAUGCUACUUUGGCUAUAUUUUUUAUCAUUCCUGUUUUGUUCUGUUUUGUUUUUGAACUCGAACUUUAUAUACUAUACGAGUGUUAGCUGUGUUUGAUUUUUAUUACCAUUCGUAAGCUUGCAAUCUAACUGAGCGUGAAAACCUUCAAAACUCGGACUGUCCAUUUCGUUUUCUCUUUGAGGAUUUUCGUCUCUGCUCACCUUAUAAUAACGUCAAUUACGGCGCUUGGCAUGUUUAUAAACCUUUGUUUGGUUGUUCUGUUGCUACUUGCCGGCUUGCUUUUUUCGAAAUUUCACUUUCAAUUAACGAAAAAAAGCUAGAGAGAAGUCCCGGAAAAGGUCGGACAUAGUCCAAUUUGGCAGAUGGCGUGACAGCUUUAGCUCAGCUCUAUGCUCUAUACUCUCACAGAGGACGCUCUUUCAACCAAUGACAGCGCGCGUUAUAUACGAACUUUAUUAUAAAAUGAUAUAAGUGAUGACAUAAACCUUCUCUCUCUCAAACAUUUUAAGAAAAAAUUUAAGUCCAUUUUAUUUUGUAUCAUGUAAAUUAAUGUAGGUUACAAUUAAAGUUGUUGUUGUUGAUGUUGUUGCAUCUCGGAGCGCCAUUUUGAAGUGUGGAUCUGAAUGUGAGCCCUUCAUCAUUUUCCAAGUAAUCAUUGCACAGCCUAAGUAACACAUACAGAGAAAACUCUAUGGUACAAUCACUCGAAACCUAAUGUUAAUGACGAUGAAGUCAACUUCUGAUCAACCUCUGAGUUGGAAAUUGCAGACUGGAUGGAAAAUAUUUCAUUUCAAAUACAAACCAAAAAGUGUACUAUAUUAAAAGGUAUUUUAUUUGCAGUGACUGAAUUUACGAUAUUUUUUUACAUUUUCUUGCUUUUAGACGUUCGUCGCAGGCUUCAUGAAGCAGAUAUGGGGCGAUGUGUAGAAACUUGCAACGCCACUGACUCAGACACCAUCAAAGCUACUCCCGAGGUGAGAAUGGAUCCUACUAGCAUGCGCUUAUUACAUUAGCGUUGCGACACGAGCGGCGAAGAGCCCGCGAGACUCGAGCCAGCGAACUAAGCACGCGCCCAGAAACCUCGAGGAACCCUCGCAUACCUCUCUCAUGCUCGCAUCGCACUUGUCUCUUUCUAAAUAGUACUUGUCAUGAAUUUCAAAGGGUUUUUAGACACGAGAGGUAUCCGAGCUCUUACAGCGUAUCUUUACACGCUUUAGGAAAGAAUUCAGCACAGUCCCCAAGUUACAGAGCGGCGCAAAAGGCCUUCCUCGUUCUAAAAGUGAAGUUAAACUGAUCCAAUAAACCUUUCGAAAAAUCUGAUUUGAUCAUAGAAGAUGUCCAGUGGGUCCUCUUCAUGCAACCCGACUGAGGUGACCAGCAGAAGUUAUCCUCUCAUUGGUGGCUCAAAGUACAAGACCGCUAUUGCUAAGUGUGGCUAUCAAAAUACCUCUAGCGGCUGCAGUCGCCAAGCUUUGUUCAAAACCUUCUUUGACGGAACAUCGUACAGCAUUCGUCAUGACAUAGGUGUCUGCCAUGGUUCUUGUGGAAGCAGUGGACAUGCGUGCAAGGCCAUUGACAGCCUAAUGAUGGCCAUAAAAGGGCCAAAUGGUAGGAUAUUGAUCUAGAUGUAAAUGUUGAAUAUUCUUAAGAGGUGUUGUUGCGAAGGUGCAGCAGGUGAUGCUUUCCCUUUUUUAGAAACAAGUGAUGGUUAACUAAGUGGGUGGGCUAGACUGGAAAAUAUAUAGCUCUAGGUCAUCCAGAUAUACUUAAAUUGACCACUCGUUUCUAAAUAGGAAAAGGUGAGCUAACUCAUCGCGUUAUUAAGAAGUGUGGUUGCGUGAACCCAAUUUGCCACCGCGUUGCUUUUCGUGAAGUUUUCAAGAGGAAGUCGGGCAACACGUGGAUCCAAGAGGUGUGUAAUGGAGACUGUAACAAGAAAGUGAUCGGUAAAAGAAAUCAUAAUUUAAAGAUCGCUGAUGACAAUCAAAAUCAUCGUGAGAGAAACAUAUUUCGUUGCUUGUGCGACGUUGAACUUACAUUAUGUUUGGUACCGUGUCAAAUAUACUUUUAAAACGAUGGUCGUGUCUAAGAGUACACACGAGUGACCACGAGUGACUAUAAGAGACUACAAUUAAAAAGUAAUUAAAAUAUUUGUCUGGUAUCAAAAUCACGUGGUCAUUCGUGGUCACUCGUGGCCAUUUGUGGUCACUCGUGGCCAUUCGUGGUCACUCGUGGCCAUUUGUGGUCACUCGUGGCCAUUCGUGGUCACUCGUGGUCACCGGUGGUCACUGGUGGCCAUUCGUGGUCACUCGUGGUCACUUAUGGCCAUUUGUGGUCACCCGUGGUCACUCGUGGUCACUGGUGUGCACUUAGAGAAACGAUUGCUGAAACAAAGUUUAAGACCGGAAGUUAGUUCACUUACCUAAUUAUUUAAAUAGGUUGCCGGAAAUAUUUUUGUUUUCAUUACAUCCAUUUUGAAAUCACUGGUAAUCCUUGCAAUCUGAUUGGUUCUCAUUGGUGCCAUUUAUUCACGAGUCGCACCAUUUUAUGCUCUAAAUCGCCUCUUUUUCCUAGCCAAUGAGAGAGCUUUACUAAGACAAUCAGUAAGAUUUAAAGGCUUGCUCGAAAAAACCAAUCAAAUUGCAGGAAAAUAAAAGACAACUUUUGCAACUUUUUACAAACCAGCUCAAUACUGGAUUAAUAAAACAUUUGUACAUAUCAAUAAUAAAAAACCUGUAUUUGAGCGACUGAAUGUUGCGAUUUCGAAAUAGAUGUGAAAAAGUGGUAAUUGAACUUCAUGUUGUGCAAUUUUGGUCUGAAAUCAUACUUGUGAUUUCAAAUCAAACAUGAGCUAAGCGCACGUUGGAUUUUGAAAUCAGGCGUGUGAUUUCAGACCAAAUUUCACUCUAUUGACUCAGUAAACCAGUGCCUUAAAAGGUUGAAAAAUUUCACUCCGGCAAGAGUCAAAGUCUUCCAAAGUCUUUCAUGCGACGAGAAGGUGAUAAACCAAGCAGUGACGACAAUUAAGAAGUACACUGAGCUAAAAAAAAGUGAAAUAAUUAAUGAAUAAGACGAAAUAAAGACAAGGUGGAAUGAACACGUAACUUCCUAUAACGUACUGAUAUAUCUUAAAGAAAAAAAAUGAUGACAAUAAGCAUCUCGGUCUUAGGAGCUUAAUGGUUAAGAAGCUGUUCCAAAAAAGUGCAUCCUUCUUAAAUGAAAAACCAGUAGUAAACGAAAAGUAAAAAAAAAAUACUGAAGGACAUAAAAAAGAAUGAAAGACGAUUAGAGAAUUUUAAGCAUACUUGUAAAUACAUUGGCAUGUAAAGAUCGACAAGUUUGUUCCUUCAUGCAAUGUUGAGAUUAUUUUCAGGAAAAAGAUGUUGGAACGUGUGUCGGUACUGGUUGCCCCAGGAGUUGUGUUCGCUGUUUCUUUGGGUGAGUCGCUCCAUUCCAUAUAAUUUAUCUUUUGAGGCAAUUUUAUGCAUUUCGUUGACAGAGUCUGUGGCAGCGGUUGUAAACCAUUUGAAAGCAGAAUCAGCAAUUAUUAUGAUAAGCUGAGUGAUACAGGCAUUUUGGUUGGUUCCUAAUUAUGAUCUAUUAUAGGACAAGCACGUGGAUGACGUCACCAAUAACGUUUCAACUUAUAUAUUUAUUUAUCUGUUCCAAUACAGGAACAAGUAUUGUAGCCAGCACUGCUUGGUUUUUCGCGAGAGGGCUUGUAUCGCCACCAACUACACCACAGAACAUGUUCACACGGGUGAUCACAAAGAGAAGGAGAUGCACAUCAUCACUGAAUGUGGAUGCAAGUAGAAAGGGAGUGGGGAGAGUCAUUAUGUCAUGAUAUCCCUAAAAUGUUGACGACCAUUUCCUACAAAUAGUUUGAGUAGAUUUAAGGUGGUGAGAUGCAAAUAACUUAGUUUUAUUGUGUUUGUUUUGUUUUCUCCCCUUUUUUGGUUCUUUUUGUACCUGUUUAUAUCAA